AUGGAAGUGAAACAGAACCUGUGCGCGGAGGACAGGAAGGCAAAUCUGAAGAGGUUCAGCUCCACCAAGUUCAAAAAGGUUGCUAGGGUAGCCGUGGGCGUGCCUCCCAAAGAGUACGUCGACAAGGUGCACCGGGUCAUGCUCGAGCAGAAGCAAAGGAGGCUCGAGGCGGAGUGGAAGGCACGGAAGGAAGCCAAGGAACGCAAAAAGCAAUUGGAGCAGAGGCGGAAACAGAUCCUUGAGACGAAACGUAAGGAAGAAGAGGAGAAGAGUAAGGAGACUGAGGAGGUUUUGGUGGCCGCUAAGGCAGCAGAGGAAGCGAAGAAGGAUGAGGACAAGGCUCAGGGCGGCGAGAAGACAGAGGAGACGGCGAAGGAGCCGAAGGAAGAGCAGGAGGACCCGAAGGCGGAUGAGGCGAUGGAGGUGAAGGAGGAGGCGAAGGAAGAGCCCAAGGAACAGGUCAAAGAGGAGUCCAAGGAGGAAGACGAAGAGGAGCCAGACGAGCCGAUGCCUGUGGCUGAGCUCACCGACGAAGAGAGAGCGAGGUGUUUCCAUCGGAAUCCCGUGGCCGACCUCGCCCCUGGCGUGCUGUCGAGCAGCUUCUGCAGUUUCACGCUCCCAGACAAGAGCGAGGGCUUCGACGAGAUCGUGUUCGAGUGGCAGCCAGAGGCGGCGAGCAGGAAGUACUUGAAGGACUACGUCCUGAAGAACAAGGUCACGUCUCGCAUCGACGAUCUGCAGCCAGGCGAGUGGUUCAAGACCGCGCACGCGGAGUUCGAGAAGCUAGCGGCGCAGUGCCAGGAGAAGGCGAAGCUCGAAGACAAGGACGACAAGCCCCUGCCUGCGGACGUUCACGGUGUCGAGGACAUCAACGACACGGGGGACGGCAGGCCGUUGUUCAAGCUCUUCGGUCUGGAGGACUGGGCGCUGCUCGCCCUCCGCUGCGAGUUCUACCUCCUGGCCUCUGGGUACCAGAAGGAUUCUGGGAAGGACACGGGGGACCCAGAGCGCCCCGGCAUCCACCACAGCCACGUCGCCUUCUAUUCAAGGGCAAGUACUUCAAGAAAAGCCUUCUGCCCAAACUCUAUGGGAAGGAGACGAUCCUGGAGCUCUUGGCCCUGGUGA